GAGUCAUUGGGAACUGAAGUCUCGCGGAUGGCUCGUCCAGAUCCUUCAUUCAUUCGGUUGCCGUUGUCCGUGGAGAUCGUUUGAAGUUCUUGGAGAUCGGAGAUCUUCCUUCAGUGUUCAGUGCUGUUGUGUGUCACAGUGCAUCGGAGGAUAAUUUGUGUUAUUGGAAACUCAGCUAAUCGGUCCAGUAUUAUUAAGUACGGAAAAGGACUUAGGAGGAGCGUUAUUAGCUGAAAGGUUUUUAUUCACUUGCAGUAUUGUGUGAACCGCAACGAUGACGACUCAGUUCUGUUGGCUGAUCUUGCUGGCCGUAUCCACCCUAGCGUAUCGUGCGGCCGGUGCCGCACAUCCUGCCACGGAAGUUACCAAUCAAGAGAUUCGUGACGCCAUCCUGUCGCUGGUACACUCCUACAACACGCUGGACAAUAAGCUCGAACGCCACGAGCAGCGUGAACGUGCCCAUGCCGAGAUGAUCAAGAAGAGCCUGAUUACGGUGCAGAAGAAUCUGCGUGCGCUGGAUCCAUUGCCGGGCAUGAUCGGCCGUUUGGAGAGUCGUACCGGUGACAUUGAGACAACGCUGAUGAAUCACGAUGAUAAAAUCACCACCUUCACCCAAGAACAAGUGAAAGUGGCCAAAACGCUGGAGGGCAUCCUGAAGUGGUUGACCGAGAACGCGCAGAUCUUGGAGACCCGCUCGGGCAAUGGAGGAGCGGGUCGAGAUGAUGAUGAGGAAAGUGUGGCCAGCAAGCUGGACGAAGUGGCGGGCACGGUUCGUGAGCUGCGCCGGGAGUUGGCCGAGCUGAAGAGUGAUCGUGAUGCUACUGAGGACGUUAAUCGACAGCUGUUGAAGGAAACGGAGAAGCUCGUCAACUCGAAGCUUUCCUCCGCGGACGAAAUCAUAUCGAAGAUGGAAGAGAAGCUGUCCCAGUUCUAUCUCACCAGCCCGGUAAUUGCGACUCAGAACGUAGAUUUCGAGGAGAAAGUGCUGCGUAAGCUGGAAAGCCUGAGCAACACGAUUCCAGCCGCCGGAUCGGCCACCAACACUCUCGGCAAAGACCCAGCCUCACUGCCCGACAAGCAGUUCAUCCAGGGCCUAGUUAACGAAACGCUGGAAGCGAUCAACGAUAUGCGCCUGGAGGUGUUGACUGCAUCGGACAAGAGCUUCACCAAGACCGCUACUCGCAUCAAGGAAAACAACGAAGUGCUGCAGUCAUCCGUGGACGAGAUUUUGAAGACACUGACGGAGGAGCUAACGACAGCCGAAGCGUUCCACAACACAGCGCGGGAUCAGUUUAACAUGAUGAACACAACCAUGGCCCGGCUGUCCGAUUUCCUGCUCAAGACGAGCGAUAACAUUCUGGACGCGAAGCGUGGUAUCGAUUACGGUAUACUGCAGAUCACGCGCGACGUUAGCGACGUGAUUAAGGCCAGCUCGGGCAACCUAAACUCGACCGUUUCGAAGCGCUUCGAUGAGAUCGAUGCGACGAUCCUGAACAAUCACAACGGUGCACUGGCGAACCUUAGCUCGAAGAUCGAAACGGAGAUCAGCCAGGUGUGGCGUCAGAUUGGAAUCAUGUACCAGGAGAUCUCGUCCAGCAAGCAGGCGCUCGACCGUCUCCAGGAGCAGACGGAAACGUACGUCAACGGUACGCUCACCACGAUGGACGGAAUGGAGGGCAAGGUUACGCUCAUCACCAACCGCAUGGCGGAAGUCGACUCGAACCUAAACUAUCUGCUCGGCCGUCUGUCGAUGGUAACGCAGGAGUUCAACCAGAUCAAGCACGGUCUCGGUAAGGCGCUGGACGAGAUUAAGGACAGCUUUGCCGAGGUGCAUAACCGCGUCCGAGGACCUGGACCGCAUCGAAUCUCAUCGGACGAAGUGGUCGAUGAUUUGGGCAAUGAAUCUACCAAGUAAGAACAGGGGGGACAGGAGCUCCUCCCCCUUCUCCCCCCGGGUUCGUUUGAGCUGGGAAGUAUUCUUUAGAACCAAAAAGAAGGAAACACAAAACCAUACACGAAGAAGAAAGGCCGAUCCAGUGCAUCGUCGCCCUGUGCUGCUAAUUGAAUGUGUAGAGGUGGGAGUAGUAGUAGUAGUGAUAAGAUUAUUUUUUUAUUUAGAACCUUUUUCUUGCGAUUGGCGAAUGGAUGUGCUUGCCUGUGUGCUGGACUUCCCGGUCUUACUUUGCUGUAUGAAUUUACUUACUAGACUUUAGAGAAUAACGACUGGACUGGUGUGCUUAGUGUGGAGUAUUGCCGAUCGAUUGAAUACACAAAAUAAAGUGUGGAAAGUGCUUGAAA